AGCGGCUGCCGGCUCAAUGGUAUAGGGAGGUGCGACCACGCAGUAUGUUUUCCCAUGUCGGUGUGUCUGCAUGGCAGAAACCGCCGCGUCCGUGGUGGAUCGUGAUGAGGCGCACGUGACCGCCACGCAGGUUGCGUCGCCAGAUUCGAGCGAGGAUGUUGGACGUGCAGCUGUAUUUCCGCAAAGCGUGUCUUGGUGGCUGCAGUCAGCGGUGAUAUGGGGACCGUUCAAGUUAUCCAGGCUUAUCAUCCUCUACGUCGGGGGCCUGCUGUGGAGGCUUUGGGUCGGCCACAAACGCCGUGUUGUCUGUUCGGACUGGCGCGAGCUCGAAUUCGCCCCGAGGGAGCUGCAGGAGGACUGGCGUGCCCUCGAGUAUGCUUCCAAAGCGCUUCGGGACGACCGGGAGGUCGUGCAAGAAGCUGUGAAUCAGAGCUGGCGAGCGUUACGCUUUGCAUCCAAGGCUCUUCGAGCUGACCAUGAGAUCAUGCUCAAGGCUGUGCGUGAGUCCAACGGCUGGGCCCUGGAGUUCGCCUCCGAGGAGCUUUACCGCGACCCUACAGUUGUACAAGAGGCUACCAUCAGGCUUGGGGGACGCCUCGGUGUGGCAUUGUCUCCUAUCGUACCGCUGGUGCCACUGGAGCCCGAGGGAUCACUCGCCUCAGAGGUGGUGGCCGCAGAGACUGACGCGGCAGCGCUGCUGGAACAGUCCGCCCUCGCUUUCGGCGCGGCCACCGCCCGCGCCGCCCAGGACGACCUGGAGCUGGCGCGGCGGUUCGAGGCGCAGAAUCGGCUGCUGCUCGGACGGCAGCCUGCGCAGGAGGCGGCGCGGGUCCCCGCGGCUGCGGAGCCGGGCCCCGCGGCGGCGCCGGCCGCGGCGGCGGAGGAGGCCCUCGCCCGGGGCGCCG